CUCGAUCACGUGAUCAGCUUUUCCGCCAUUUUGUCGGAGAAGACUAUCGUUGUCAACAUUUAGCUUUUGUAUCGAGAAUAGGAAUCGAUAUUUAUUCAAAAUUACUUUCGUUUGACGAAUUCGUCGUUAAUAGCGGUUGGAAUUAUAGAAAAAUGGACUCGAAGAAAAGUCCUAAUAGGAGAGCCAAACGUCAGUCUAAAGCGGCGGAAGAAAAUUACUGGGAUUGCAGCGUUUGUACCUAUCGAAAUUCUGCUGAAGCAUUUAAAUGCUUGAUGUGUGAUGUUCGUAAAGGCACAUCUACCAGGAAGCCAAGGUUUAGUCCUCAGCUCGUUGCUCAGCAAGUAGCGCAACAAUACACACAGACUCAGCCAAAGCAAAAAAUGGCAUCUAAGCUCGACAAAGAUCGAAAGUCUUCUCCAGACAAAGUGGCAAAGAAAGUCAGGUUAGUAAAAAAGUUCUAAUAUUUUCAUAACUUU